AUGCGGACGACAGAUACCCUGUUUAGGAAGGUGCGGGUAAAGCCCGCAACAGACCUUGAGAUGUCCAAUGGGAACAGCACUCCCACACCAUCCCAUGACAGUCAACUGAACCCAUACAGUGGUUUCAGUGAGCUAGCCAACGAAUAUCGAGAAUAUGUCCAGAGACUCGCAGGCCAGUGGCCUGGAUUAUCCUAUCUCGAUGCUUAUCUGCAGGAUCCUCUAUAUCUGGAGAGGGAGACUUUCCCAAUCGUGCUCGUCAGGCCGAACAAGGUUCCACCCGUGCAGCGUGACCUAAAAUUAGAAGACGUUCUGCCCCAAGUGGAUGAUGGUUCAAGUCCGAUACUCAUAGUCUUGGAAGACCCCACUCCCAGGAUGAUCGCAGAGCUCGGAGGGCAACUGCGAAUUGAUCCUCAGUUUUGGGCAGAUUUCCUGGUCGGUCCGUCGUGGUUUGGGUCAGGAAAGGUAGAUAUUGGACCCGGUGAACCAAGCGUCCAAUACAGAGAUGACAGCCUGCUAGAGCAGCUUUGGCCGUUACCAAGGCCUGCGAGGCAGCAGGAGCAUUUUUGCUUUCGGUUUGUUGCCCACAGAGAGCCAACACCAGGUAGCUCUGAGGUUUGUGUUGGCCCAAAUAUGGAUGGCUAUAGUUCACUAUCAACGUCCUAUCCCAUUUGUGGUGAUGCCAAACCGGGGCCUCCAAUUUGCGCCAACUCAAUCGGUCUACGCAAUAAUCUCACCGUAUGGGAAAACCAGCAUGCGCGGAAGAGGGCCAGGGGUGAAACUGAAACCCCAUCACGGGAUAUACCGUGGAUAGGUGUCAUUGUGGUGAAGAACCAAAGUAGCAGGAUACCGGUCUGCGAGCCAGGCUUUUCAUAUAUAUUCCGAGAGUUCCUUCCAAGGCCACGCUUUGUUGAACGCUUCGUCAUGGAUAAUCUGGAAAUCUCAAAAGAAUGGGAAGGACGGCCUCAACGAGCUCCAAAAUCCAAUUAUUCCAUUAAGGAGAUCCUCUGGUACCACCUCACCUGCCAUCUCGAGAAAGAUGAUUUUCGUAAUGCCGCAUUGACAUCACCGAGCCUUCUAUUCGUCGACGUUCUUCAAUUGAUCGGUUGCUUCUGGGUGGCUGAGAUUGAAUCUAAACACUUGCAAUUAUCCUGGAUGGAGGUGUAUUAUCAGAAGGAGGUUAUUAUACGGAGACGGAAGUUUCCCUCCCUCCUGGAUCCCCUAUAUCCAGAUCCAAAUGGCAGUCUCUCUGCAAGGCUCCAAGCAGACCUGAUUGGAUUACACAGUGAUCUGAUUAAAAUUGAGCCGUACGAACAAUUUAUACACGAAGCUGAAGAGUAUUGCAAAGCUCGAGAGCAGCUCACCGGUCUGCCAGAUUACUCGGACCUAGCUAACGACUUCGCCUACCUGCAGAAGGCCGUUUGUCGCUUGAACAAACGAGUUAAAAGGAUUAUGGGCUUUUUGAAGUCAAUCGAGGAUGACUUUGAGAAAUCACGUUCAAGAUACCGAAACAUGUUGCUACUGAUUCUGGCACUGUGGGCCUGGUUGGUUUCACCAGUUUCGGUGACCGCUUCGAUAAUGAAUCUAGGGGAGAGCAGAGAAAGCAGUGCCAUCAAAGUUGGGGACGUUCAAGUAUUUUGGAAAGUUGUGGUUCCUCUUGGAGUUGGGGUGGUUUUGCUUGUUGUGUCUUUGCUUUGGAUCACGGAAUUCUUUACUUUGAAGGCGACGCGAAAGGCAAGUCGCUCUAGGAGGUACCGUUAA